AUGGCUGGCGAUAAGAGUAACCUAGCAGUCAUGCCAUAUGAACAGUUUACAUGGACAAUAAUGUCACAAUGUGGUAGGGCAAAUAUGGCUUAUGUUAAUAUGCAAGGCCCAAAUCUGCCAACUUUGGCAGAUUUGAAAAAUCAUCUUCGCGAAGAGCCGCUGUACCUCCAAGUAUUGGAGGAUUAUUUACGAAAUGCGGCGCAUUUAAUUAAUGAUUUGAGGGCGAGGCUGGAGAGAAAUGAGCUUGAAGCUCAUGAUAAUAUUGCAACAGUUGCGGUCCCAAGGGCGGACUUAGGACAUCGCUCAAGUCCUCCGCCAACUCAGGAGCAAUUAGAAUUGUCCCUAGAGCUCCUGGAACACGAGCGCGGAAUGGAGCAAGAAGGUGAGGAUGAGGAGCGGCUCGUGUUCCAUCCCCUCCAGCAGCAACAACAUGAAGAGCGAGAAAUGGUAGAACCAGUACCGGCACUGGUUCAAGACGAAGAGGAGGAGGAGUUGGCGGAGCGGCGUGAGGUAUCACAGGAAGCGCUCCUCAAUGACGAAGUGAUACCAAGAGCGCCCUCAAUGGUCCAGCGACGCAGGAAAGUGGUACGAACCCGUGAAAUAAUACUGCGUUCCCGGACCAUACGUGUCCCAAUUGUGGAAGAAGAAGGAGGACGUGAUGCAGUACCGGCGGGUCCGGAAGCCUUUCAUACGCCGGUGGUGGAAGGUUUACCGCCGCAAUACCGACAACUGCUGGUCACGCCAGAAACCGACCCAUACACGGUGGCUCGAAAUGCUGACGGGUCGGCCACAAUUGAAUGCAGUAUGUGCUCGAAAAGAUUUGGGACCUUAAAAGGAUGGCGAAUCCAUGCCAGCAAAGUGCACCGACAAAAUGGCUUUUGUCAAAGAUGCGGCCAUUUCAUUAACAUGCCGCAUGUGAACUCCGAUGAGGAAAUAACAGCCACGAUGGAGCUCCAUUCCUUGGAAUGGUGCCCCAUGGCCACGAAGACCGUCAUAAGUGAGAGGGCUGUUAAACGAAGAAGGCUAGAACUAGCUGGUAGAAGCGAUGAAGCCCAGCACUAUUACAUCCCCGGUAGGUGA